AUAAUAAAUUGUGUUUCACUAUAUCUAAUGAAUAAAUGUUGGAAGCUAAAAGGAAAAUAGCAUAAAAUGGAAAUAUUGAAACAACUCCAGUUUGUAGUCGACUCUCGACAUAACGUGGUUUUAUCCCAGCACGUUAUUAUCUUGCAGAGUUUGUGUUCAAAGUCUCUUAUCACUUUGAAUUGUCUGUCACCUAAGAGCUGAGGUCAACUAGUAGUGUUUGAAGAGGUCUGAGCUAAUCUGCAAGACAUUGGCACACACACACACACACACACACACACACACACACACACACACACACACACACACACACACACACACACAGGUUUGUGUGCAUAAGUAAACACGACUGCCCUAUAAAUAUAAAUUGCAGUCAAUGGUGCUGGAAUUCCUUUGCAGUCACUGACUCAGUCACUCUCCCUCUCGCUCUGCACACACCCCCAGCAGGUGCUUUCACUUGAGGUUUAGUUUGCAGUUGUGCUUUAGGCUGUGACUUUCAGGUUUAGUGUAAUUGCACCGAAGAGCCUGGGAGGGUCUGAGGCCUCAGACUGGAGGAGAGUCACCGAGGGGGGGAAGCAGACGUGAAGGGUGCCGCUCCUCUGCCCCUCAGGUAGCGCCGGGCGCUGAGCUGAGCGUUCGUCUGCAGGCAGCGAGACAACAGGCCGUCCUUCAUCCUCAACACAACCAGAGCUGCAGCUGCGCCUGCAUCAUCCAGCCAGCAGAGCAUCUUUGCAUCGGUACCAGUUAUGUCAAAUCCAGCGGGCCCGGUGUAUGGAUCCCGGAUGACAGAGGACUCCCUCGCCAUCCUGGAUCGAAACAGGGUCUCUGGAGAGCCCUGGGAUCUCGAGGAGCCCAAACCGAGCCUCUACCUGUCCUGCUUCGACAUGCUCCUCACCGAAGACGCCACCUGGCUGGUGAAGGUUUCCGAGGCCCCCCCGACGCUGGCUGUACCCAUGACUCGCAUGGAGCCCCAGGAGGAACCAGAGCAGUGCCCCGUCAUCGACAGCCAGGAGCAGGGACUCUCUCCUGGGCUGGAGGGUCAGGAGGAGGAGCGCUCCCUGGAGCAGGUGCAGAGCAUGGUGGUGGGAGAAGUCCUGAAGGACAUUGAAACAGCCUGCAAGCUGCUCAAUAUCACGCCAGAUCCUAUCGAGUGGAACACGGGGAACGUCCAGAAGUGGCUGCUGUGGACUGAACAUCUGUACAGGCUGCCGCACGCAGGAAAGGCCUUCCAAGACCUGACAGGAAAGGACCUGUGCGCCAUGAGCGAGGAGGAGUUUCACCAGCGCUCGCCGCAGUGUGGAGACACGCUGCACGCACACCUGGACAUAUGGAAGUCAGCUGCCUGGAUGAAAGAGAGGUGUUCGGUCGGAGACACAAAAACUACUGGCGGUGAGGAGCUUUGGUCCGAGGCAGACUCGUCUUGUUCGGGUCAGCCCAUCCAUCUGUGGCAGUUCCUCAGAGAACUCCUGCUGAAGCCUCAUAACUAUGGACGCUGCAUCCGCUGGCUCAAUAAAGAAAAAGGUAUUUUUAAAAUCGAGGACUCGGCUCACGUGGCGAGGCUCUGGGGGCUCAGGAAGAACCGGCCCGCUAUGAACUAUGACAAGCUGAGCCGCUCCAUACGUCAGUACUACAAGAAGGGCAUCAUCCGCAAGCCCGACGUGUCUCAGAGACUGGUGUACCAGUUUGUCCACCCGGUUUGUGGCGGCAGCAUAGUGGGAGGAGCGAGAGGAGGAGGAGGAGAUGGAAACCUACCGAAUUAAAAAGGACACACUAUCUCACCGCCGCGCACUUGAAGACCUAACCCGAGAUGAAGAGAUGACAUGAAACACGUGCACUGACCAACCCCAAUGGUACACACUUCCACUGCCAACAGCUGGCAGCUGCUGUAUGAAGGCUUAUCUGAAGAGACAAAACAAAGGUGGCUGUUGAGGCUUUUUUUUUUUUUUUCUUGCUGCAAAAAGAAACAAAAACAGAUUAAAAAAAAAUGAACUGCCUUGUCUUUUGCACGGUCUGCCUGUUUAUCUUUCCAUAAUGUGAUUCUCAGUUAUUCUCUCAGUCUUCAUUUCUAUAAACAGUUUGAAGCGAUCGCUUCACGGGCUGCAGGGAAACGCCCGUCACUCACUUUGCCUUUCUGUUCUGCUCGUCCUGACCACCGUCUUCUGUUUGACUUAGAGCCUGUUCUCCUGACGCAGUUGAAAAUGUGGUUAGGAUUGUUUUCAUUUUUUUUUUUUUUUGGGGGGUUUGGUCCUCGCUGUUAAAUAAACAGUCAGGCUGCUCUGUUAUCUCGUCUGCAGACAAAGAGACUUUAUUAGUUUGUGGAACUGGAUCCCACAUUUUGGAGGAUCCUCACACCCUGCUGGGACCGUACUGAUUAUGCAACUUUAACUGUAAUAUUGUAGUUAAAAAGUGACGCAUUCUCUUUAUAUUGUUUGACUGAUGAUAUAAACUGUAUAAUAUA